ACAACGUAAACUUCUCCUCAGAAAACAUCACUACAUUACAGCAAUGAAACCUCUGUGGUCUAUCUUCUUGUUUUUCCAGAUUUUUGUAAACUUUUCCUGGUCACAGACUGCAAACAUCUGUGAAAUUGGCGGGCUGCAUCCUCGUCUGUACAUAGCUGGAAUACCAUCGACUGGUCAAGCGAUCAUAGCCGGACACAAGUUGCGUUUUUUCUGCGGAGCUGAUCAUAAACUGGAUGGCCCAGAAGAAAUCGAAUGUUUAGGACCUGGCCAAUGGAGCGCCUCCUUUCCAACCUGCUCUGUGAACACCUGUGAAAUUGGUGUGCUGCAUCCUCAUCUGUACAUAUCUGGAAUACCUUCAACUGGCGAAGCGAUCACAGCCGGACGAGUGUUGCAAUUUUUCUGUGGGGCUGAUCAUGAACUGGAUGGCUCAACAGAAAGUGAAUGUUUAAAAACUGGGCAAUGGAGCGCCCCCUUUCCAACCUGCUCUGAGAAAUGCAAACGACCAGAAGUACCAGAAAAUGUGCGCAUCAAUUCAUCUGUACAAGGCAAUGCUCUAAGUAAAGGAGAUAUAUUAUCAUUUGCUUGUAAUCGUCGUACGGACUUCAUGCAAGGAAGUGCAUCAAUUGAAUGUUUGGGAAACGGACAGUGGAGCGACCCCCCGCCACAGUGUGAAGCUCCUAUAGUUUGUUCAGCACCACCACCUCUUGAAGAUGGAGACACCAAAUCAUAUAUUAGCUCAGAUUCUGUGUUUCAACAUGGUGACAAAGUUGAAUACAUCUGUCGGCAAACGUAUACUAUGAACGGGGAACCAUUUAAAACCUGCAACAACGGAGUAUGGAUAGGAGAGAUGAGAUGCCUCAAACCCUGCACUGUGAACGAGCAGUUAAUGAACACACAUAAUAUUUGGUUUGCCCAUGGUUAUAGCAAUAAGCUAUAUGCGCCACAUAAGGAUUACCUUACAUUUGUUUGUAAACGAGGAACAACACGUGUUGGCAGAGUACCGAUGCGUGUGCAGUGUAAUGAUGGGGAGAUGACCCUGCCCACUUGCCAAUAAAAGUCUUUGGAGAGCUUGAAAUAAAGUUGUAAUCACAAAAAGCUAGUUUGAUAUCAAAAUCUACAAUUUUUAUAUUUGCAAAAGUUGUGAUUAGUUUGGUAACUUUUAAACACUCUAAUUAAUUAAGGGAGUGCUAAUCAAUUGACCUGCUGCGGUCACCCCAGGUUCUUUUCCUGAAUAAUGUGGUGUUUCUAUUGUAGACUUCGGUAGUAAUAAAAAAA